AUGUUCUCCUGUAUUUUUAUCUUCUCUCUCUUGCAAAUUCCCAAAUUUAUCUCUGCUAAUAUGUUUAAUAUCAGUAGAUGUUAUUACAUAAUUUCUGAAGAGUUUCACCAUGAAGGAGAUGUUGUGAUUGGUGCCUUUUUCCCCCUUCAUACUUUCUACACUGGGAAGAAAAUGCCACAUCCAACUGUGCCAUAUCAAUAUUUGGACGGUUACAUACAGUAUAACUUUAAGAACUACCAGUAUAUUCUGGCUCUGCUAUUUGCCAUUGAGGAGAUCAAUGGGAACCCCAAUCUUUUACCCAACAUAUCUCUUGGAUUUGAUUUCUACAAUGUCAGAUUCACUGAGAAGGACACACUUAUGAAUGCUGGUAUUUGGCUGACAGCACAUGUGGAGAGAAAGGUUUUACCUAAUUAUAAUUGUAAAAAGAGAAAUUUUACUGCUGCACUCACAGGAACAUCAUGGAUAACAUCUGCUCAAAUUGGGACAUUGCUUCACCUCUUUAAAUUUCCACAGAUUACUUUUGGACCAUAUGAUCCUCUCCUGAGGGACCGUUGUCAGUAUUCUUCGCUCUACCAGAUUGCCCCCAAGGACACAUCUCUGAUACUUGGAAUUGUUUCUUUAAUGGUUCAUUUUAGGUGGUCUUGGGUUGGUCUCAUCCUCCCUGAUGAUCACAAAGGAAAUAAAGUGCUAUCAGAUUUUAGACAGGAGAUGGGUAGAAGAAGAAUCUGCAUAGCUUUUGUAAAAAUGAUUCCAGCCACAUGGACUUCAUAUUUUACCAAAUUCUGGCAAGAUAUGGAAGAGACAAAUGUAAUAAUUAUUUAUGGUGACAUUGAUUCUCUAGAAGGUCUAGUAAGAAAUAUAGGGCAAAGGUUAUUGACAUGGAAUGUUUGGGUCAUGAACAUUGAGUACAAUGUUAAAUUAAUUUCUGAUUAUUUCUUGUUAGACUCAUUUCAUGGAAGUCUUAUUUUUAAGCACAACUUUAGAGAGAAUUUUGAGUUUACCAAAUUUAUUCAAACAGUCCAUCCUAAUAAAUACCCAGAAGACAUUUAUCUUCCUAAGCUGUGGCAUUUGUUCUUCAAGUGCUCAUUUGCUGAUAUUAAUUGUCAUGUGUUGGACAACUGUCAAACCAAUGCUUCUUUAGAUAUAUUACCUAGUCACAUAUUUGAUGUGGCCAUGAGUGAAGAGAGCACAAGUAUUUACAAUGGUGUGUAUGCUGUGGCUCACAGCCUCCAUGAGAUGAGAAUUCAGCAACUUCAAAGGCAACCAUUUGAAAAUGGAGAAGGGAUGGAAUUCAUUCCAUGGCAGCUUAACACUUUCCUGAAAUAUAUUGAGGUGAGAGACAACAGGAGUUUUGAUUGGAAAAUGGAAAUGGAUGACGACUAUGAAAUUAUUAACCUUUGGAAUCUACCAAAAGGUCUUGGACUAAAAGUGAAAAUAGGAACAUUUUCUGCAAGUGCUCCCCAGGGUCAACAGUUGUCUUUAUCUGAGGAGAUGAUACAAUGGCCAGAAAUAUUUUCAGAGGUGGGUAAUGUAUUAUCUAAAUCUUUUUGUGGGACCAGAUUCAGGAAAGUAACCCUGGAGGGCAAGGCCAUCUGCUGCUACAAGUGCACUCCUUGUGCAGACAAUGAGAUUUCUAAUGAGACAGAUGUAGACCAGUGUGUGAAGUGUCCAGAGAGUCAUUAUGCAAAUACAGAAAAGAACAACUGUUUCAAAAAAUCUGUGAGCUUUCUGGCCUAUGAAGACCCCUUGGGGAUGGCAUUAGCAAGCAUAGCUUUGUGCUUAUCUGCACUCACUGCCUUUGUUAUUGGCAUCUUUGUGAAACACAGAGACACUCCUAUUGUCAAGGCCAAUAAUCGAGCUCUCAGUUACAUCUUGCUCAUCACACUCACCUUCUGUUUCUUAUGUUCUUUGAACUUCAUUGGUCAGCCCAACAAAGCUGCCUGCAUCCUUCAGCAGACCACCUUUGCAGUUACUUUCACUAUGGCUCUUGCUACUGUGUUGGCCAAAGCUAUUACUGUGGUGAUUGCCUUUAAAGUAAGUUUUCCAGGAAGAAUGGUUAGGUGGCUAAUGAUAUCAAGGGGCCCAAACUACAUCAUUCCUAUCUGCACCCUGAUCCAACUUCUUAUUUGUGGAAUAUGGAUGGUAACAUCUCCACCAUUCAUUGAUCAAGAUGCUCAGACUGAACAUGGACACAUCAUCAUUUUGUGCAACAAGGGCUCAGCUGUUGCCUUCNACUCUGUCCUGGGAUACCUCUGUUUCUUGGCCCUUGGAAGUUAUACUAUGGCCUUUUUGUCGAGAAAUUUGCCUGAUACAUUCAAUGAAUCCAAAUUUCUGUCAUUCAGUAUGCUGGUGUUCUUCUGUGUCUGGGUCACCUUUCUUCCUGUUUACCACAGCACUAAAGGGAAGAUCAUGGUGGCUAUGGAAGUAUUCUCUAUUUUGGUUUCCAGCGCAGCACUCCUUGCCUUCAUAUUUGGGCCCAAGUGUUACAUUAUCUUGUUGAGACCAGAAAAGAAUUCAUUUAAUCACAUCAAGAAAAAAACUCAUACUAGGAGGAAGAUUUUUUCUAAAAUAUAG